AUGGUCACACGGGCUAGGUUGGCUUUUGCCCGGCUGCACUGGCCGCAUCUGUGGAAGCCAGCUGCGAUUGCAGUGACUCUGGCGAGUGCCGGACACAGCGUAUGUUUUCCGCGCGGGCUUGGGCCUAGGCCCGGGAGCUUGCACGCCUCGGCAAAGAGCAUGUCAAGCAGGAUGGCCAUAGGACGCCUUCAUCCCAGGCUCGGAUCUAUUUUGGUGCGACCGCAAGCACGGGCUGUGGGAAAGACGAAGAGGCUGGCUAUGGAGCGCGUUGCGGACACCCUCAGUUUUGUUGACCGGGAUACCGCUUUUAUUGCCAGCUGGCAAGUCGGGAGUGACACUCGGGCCAGCGAUGUACGUGUUGAGGUGCAAGAUGGACGCAUCUGCGUCGGCCUCGUGGCCUCCGAUCCUUGGGUCGAGGGCCAGCUGGCCGGGGCCGUCCUGGACCAUUUUUGGGAGCUCAAGAUGGUCAAGGGCUCCGUGAUCUUGGAAGUGGAGCUUGAAAAGGAGAAGAGAGGUCCCUGGGGACGACUGCUGGCCGAUUCUGCAUUCCCAGAGGAGACUUCGGUGGAGCCCGUGGAAGAUGAGCUAGCAAAGCUCACCAAGAGAGCGCACCUUCUGUAUGCAGAGGAGAAGUGUGAAGAGGCAGCGGAGGAGUUCUUGAGUGCUCUGGUCCUUUGUGACAGGCUGGGGCUUGGCGCGCUGACCGCCUGCUUACAAUCUCGUCUAUGCUUGUGCUGGGAACAGAUCAACAAGAAGCCAGAAGCCCUGGAGGUUCUCUCCCAUACCAUCCCGAUCCUGCGGCAGUGCUUCGAGAAUUUCGGGGCCGCCAAUGUCCUACAAGGGUUGAAAGUAGAUCUUGUGAAUGCAGAGAUGACAUUGGCCAGGAUUCUGGAACAGAUGGGUCAGCAUGAGCAGUCUGUGACAAAGUUGCAGGAGCUCAUACAGGAGUUCCCUGAACAGGUCGACCCUAAAAUCCGGCUUGCAGAUGCUUUGCUAGACAGCCUCGGCCAGACGCGCGAAGCGUUGGGUGUCUACGACCGUGUGCUUGAGCAGGCGGAGGACACAGAUCUGGCCUGGGCGGCACUCUACAGCGGGUGCUACGCUGCCUCGCUACAUGAGGACGAGCUCGCCCUGCAAUAUUUCAAUCGCUUUCCCAUGUUCAUGGUUCUAACUCUAGGCGGCGAGGAUCCGUUCCAGGAAGGGUUUCGGAAGCAGAUUAGACUGUCAAAGUUGCGACCGAAACACCAACUCUGGAGCUACGUUGUCCAGAAGCGGAUGUGGAGAGAAGGGAAAGCCGAUGAUGAUCCUGACUCGGCAGUUGAGGAUCCCCUCAAGGGGCUCCCCGGGCUGCUCUCCAGCACUUGGGCAUUUGUCGCUGGCACCCAGGUGGGCCGGCAGCUGGAAGACUCGCUCUUCUAUGGGACCUACGAGAUGCUCCAGCUUGCUAUGCGGGAGGCAACGGCUGAAGGCUUGAUCCUAGAGUUUGGUGUUUACUAUGGAUCUUCAUUGCACAUGCUCUCCUCCUUCUUUCCAGGAGAGACCGUGCACGGCUUCGACAGUCUUCAAGGCCUUCCAGAGGCCUGGAACAACCAGCCAGUUGGUGCCUACUCCACACGUGGCGUCAAGCCCCAGUUGCCAGCCAACGCUCAACUUCAUGUGGGCCUUUUCAAGGAGACUUUGCCCACUUUCCUCCAGGAGCACACGGGGCAAGUGAAGUUCAUGAACAUCGACUGCGACCUUUUCUCUUCCACACGGGAUGUCCUGACGCUGCUCGCUUCCCGGAUCGGACCGGGGAGCGUGAUGAUCUUCGACGAGUUCGUGGGCCUUCCGAACUGGCAGCAGCAUGAGUUUAAAGCCUUUGAGGAGGCCGUAGCCAAGCAGGGGUGGAAGUUCGAGUAUCUCGCUGUGAGCCUGCUUAGCAACCAGGCGAUUGUUCGCAUUACGGGCUGA